AUGUACAAGAACACCAGUAUUCUUAAUUACUUCAAACCUUUCACAGAACCGCUUCGUCGGAAUAAACGUCCACUGCCCGAAGACAAUUUGGAAGACCCACGAGCAAUGAAACGAUCGCGUUCGAUCACUCCGAAAGAAAGUCAAACGAAGCAGGCUCUUGAUCGAGAAAGGGACCACUUGGGACGGGGCCUACACGGGACAUUAUCGAUGGUCACCUCGAGGAGCUCAAGCAGACAGCCGUCAGGUCCCCAGCAUGAUGAGGAGCCCAUGGAUAAUGCUGGGAUCUCAUACAUACCCCCUACGCCCGUUUUCAAAAACUCAACGUCGCGAAAUGCCGACGUCCGUAGUUCGCAAGGUACAAUAUUAAUGAGCAGCCAACGUGAAGUGAAGAAUGGGGAGGUAGUAAUCCGAAAUUCAGACGACGAGUCUGAUUCGGAUUCUUCACUCGAGGAUCUAAAUGAUCUGCUACUAGUCGAGGGCCGAAAACCUCGGGGAGAAGCGUUAGGCCCAGAACCGCAAUCACCUGCCUUGCCUCUAAACAGGAAUGCCGAGGAUGGACGUCGCACGAGUACCAGGCGCAGAAGCAAAACUGACAAAAAAGCUGCGCCGUUACGUUCGCCUGUUCCUGUACAAUCCAAAAAGUAUAGAUACGAUCUCGAGUCGUUAGCAAGACACAGGCAACAAGAAGAGGCGUCUGUCGAAGACAUUGCCCAAGCAAAUGCGAUGCUCAGAUCAUUCGAGCAGCAAAAGGUAUCUGUCCGUGGGAAUCCGAGGGCUGGGUCUACAAAGGGGCCAUUCGAUGCAGCGUACAUCGAUGUAGUUAUGAAGGAGCAUGGGGAUGAAGACGAAAUAUGUAGGCUCAAGGCCGCAAUCCAGAGGACAGAAGCAUUACAUCAGGACAAAUCCUGGUCCUUUUUCGAUGAGCAGGGGGAGGAACCUCUAUUCGAGCAAUCGGAUUUUCCUGUCAUUGAGGAUGACCGUCUUGGACGCAUUUUCGGGAAGACGUCCUCGAGGCAGCAGGCUUUUCUGAGUGGGUACGUCGGCGAACUUGCGAUGAAGGACAACCUGCCAGAGGAGAUCGUACUUUGGAUUAUGGACGCGAUAUGUCUCGAGUCAAGGGACGACCUGAGGUGUUCUUACACCGCUACACUCACAGGUGCGUCAAGACACAUGGCCUCGGUACUCUCGCCGGAACGCAUCGAUAUGCUAUUUCGAAAGAUUGGAGCCACUGCUGCAGCGCUGGACAUCGAAGAACCGGUCAUUCCCCACGCAGCGUUGUCGCAGAGCAUUGAAGCUGUCAGGCGGCCAAGCUUGUUGUCGAUUCUAGAUCUCUUCCAAAAACUAGCAAGCGAAUUAGGUGCUGAGUCGAGGAGACAUCUAAUCUGUCUUUUAUGCCGUCUUGCAUUGGACCAUUCCAUAGCCAACAGCUGUCACAUUACCAGUGCAAUUGAAGACGCACUUGCAAGCCUGAUUGAGUCAAUCCCUGAGCAGGGUCUUCAUCAUGAACUUCAGGUGGUAAACACCACAGCCUUCACGUCGAUUACGGACACAACUUUGCGCUUACGAAUGCUCCAACAUGUACCCGCCUCUUCCCAUCGAUUGGUCCUACUACGGCGACGUCUCGCGCUCGCAUGCUUUUUCCGAGACAUUCGACAUUUGAGCCAGCAAGCAGAUGUUACAAUCAAUCUCGAAAGUAUCGCUCGUCAACUCGAGGGUCCACAGUUCAUGACCAGUAACGCAACGGAUUAUGGCGAACUCGCAGCUGCAAUUGGAAUCCUUAGUAUUGCCAUUGACUGCGGUGAUCCUCCGUCCUCGCCUUGCGCCACAGAGAAAGAGAGGGGCUUCAACCGUGAUAUCGAUGUGCUGUCCUUCAAGAUCAAGUCUAUGUUCGCAGACAUCGUCGAUACAGGCGCCUCGCACAUGGCAAGGACAGAAGCCAAAGAGGUGCUUGAAGCCUUUCAAUAUCGGCUGUCGUACGGUGUCCGAACGAAACCUCCUCCAAAGAAGUCUUUAUUUGGAGACUCCACAGUCGAGGAUGCUGCGAAAAGGCAAAUGAUGGAGACGUUUGUCGAAAAGGGGACGCAAAAUACGUCAUUUGCCCUGCCGGACAGCUUGCAAAGACAAGGUCAAUUUAGGACUGUGGCAGCCUCGUAG